CCCCGCCCGUGCGCCGCUUGCCCGCCCUCCUCGCCGCCGAGCCUUCCCGGUUUCCCGGUCCUUUCGUGAACAUGGCGCUUGUCCCCUGCCAGGUACUGCGGGUGGCCAUUCUGUUGUCCUACUGCUCUAUCUUGUGUAACUACAAGGCCAUCGAAAUGCCCUCGCAUCAGACCUACGGAGGGAGCUGGAAAUUUCUGACGUUCAUUGAUCUGGUUAUCCAGGCUGUGUUUUUUGGGAUCUGUGUCCUGACUGAUCUUUCCAGUCUUCUGACGAGAGGCAGUGGGAACCAAGAGCAAGAACGGCAGCUCAAGAAGCUCAUCUCUCUCCGGGACUGGGUGCUGGCCGUACUGGCCUUUCCUGUUGGGGUUUUUGUUGUAUCAGUGUUCUGGAUCAUUUAUGCCUAUGACAGAGAGAUGAUUUACCCGAAGCUGCUUGAUAAUUUCAUCCCAGGGUGGCUGAAUCAUGGAAUGCACACCACGGUUUUGCCCUUUAUAUUAAUUGAGAUGAGGACAUCGCACCAUCAGUAUCCCAGCAGGAGUGUUGGCCUCCCCGCCAUCUGUACCUUCUCUGUCGGUUAUAUAUUAUGGGUGUGUUGGGUGCAUCAUGUAACCGGGAUGUGGGUAUACCCUUUCCUGGAACACAUUGGCCCGGGACCCAGAAUCAUCUUCUUUGGGUCUACAACCAUCUUGAUGAACUUUCUGUACCUGCUGGGAGAAGUUCUGAACAACUACAUCUGGGAUACACAGAGAAGUAUGGAAGAAGAGAAAGAGAAGCCUAAAUUGGAAUGA